AUGGCUGCUUGCCUGCCAUCCGAUUGCUUGUUAAAUAUUUUCUCGUAUUUUGAGGGCGAUGCCAGAUCAUUGCACUCUUUUUUAUUAACAAAUCGUAAUUGGUGUCUCAGUGUCGUUCCGCUAUUAUGGCGAAGAACAUUUUAUAUCACAUCUCAUAGUAAUUUUUCAUCUAAAAAAAGAAGUAAAUUGGUAGUAACCUACUUAACAUGUUUGGACGAGAAGAUUAUACCUUUUUCGUCAACAUCGACGGCAUCUCAUAAACCCCGGCUUCCCACAUUUGAUUACGCAACAUUUUUACGGGGAUUCGAUUUUUACGAUGUUUAUCAUGCCGUAGGCAAUUGGUAUGCUUUCCAAACUCCCGAACGAAGAAGAAAGAUAAGCUUUGAUCGUUUUCAUGAUAUGAGUGACGACGAAUGCCGUAAACUAUUCAUCACAAGAGAAUUGAUGAAGCAAUUUAUUCGAAGUUCUCCGAUAAUUGACUAUUUGGCACUAGAUGCAGAACAAUCGUUGCCACCUCAGUGUUGGUCACUUUCCAAUUUCUCGGAUAAUCAUAAUUCUCUAAAGUACAUACGAACAUUCGUAUGUCGUGGAAACGCAAACAAACAAGAAGUCUAUGCCGCACUCUCUCAAUGGUGUCAAAAUAUUGAAUUCUUGUCGAUUCAUGGAAUCGGAAAAGAUGAUCCCAGCGGGGAAUCGUUGAGCAAUUUAAUUAAGGUACAACGUCAACUUCGUGAAUUCGUCCUUUGGAAUGGUACCAGAGAUCAACUACCCCAAAUUAUUCGCGCUCUUGCGUUCCGAGGUGAAAAACUUAAAUCUCUAGAAUUUAGGUUUUGUGAUUUUUCAAAAUCCACACCACUGGAAACGUUAGCCAAUUCAUGCGCAGGACUAAAGACCUUUAAAUUAAUUCGUUGCGGGGAAAUACAUAGUAAUCUUUCGGAAUCCUGUUUAACUCCUGUAUUUCUAGAUUUGAUCAAUUUAGAUCUACAAGGGACUUAUAUAUCCAGUGAAUCAUUGGAUGUCAUCUUUAAGUGGUCUAACAUAAAUUUACGAAGUUUACAUGUUGAAAGUACGGGUGGUCGCUUUCGAAUACCAAAAAUACUCGAAAGCAUAGCAAGUCAUUGUCUGAAUAUAACUUAUCUUAAAGUUCGCACGAAAAAAGACAAGCUCUCACAAUUAGCAACCUUACUCAGAUCUUGUCGCAAUCUGCAUUCUCUGAAGAUUUACGGCUCACCACCCGAUCGCCUUUUCUUCUUCGUUCAAGACACUGACGAUGAAUUGUUGUUGAGCUUGAGACAAACAAUUCCUAUAAAUUUGAAAACUCUGGUACUGAAAACGGAUUGUGCAUUCACUUCCUUAGCAAUUGACGCGUUUCUGAAAGACUGCGGCACGGAGCUGAAGCAUUUUGAAUAUGUUAGUUACGGAAGUGUUUGGCAACAUUUGAAUGUGAUGAAGAAAUACGCAAAACGACGGGGGUUGGAAAUCGAAAAGCAGAUUGCGGGAAAUUAUAAAGAGUUAUUAAUGAGGGAGUUAGGUUACAUUAUUAUGGAAUUUGGGAAGAUUAGUUAG